UGUACCACGAUUGAUAUAUUCACUUUUAUAAAAUGUAUGAAAUUGAAAAAUUAGAAUUAUUAAGAUUUUCUUUAAUUUUCACUGCAGUGGGUAUGAUUUUAAGAUCUUUGCAAAAAAAAAAGUUCAUAACAAGCGACGAUGGUGGGUUCGUCCGCUGUUGAGAAAUCGGGUAAAACGGAGCCAAUAUUAUAUAUUGUUCCAAUAUAUAAAAGAAAAAGAUGAUGAACAAUUUUUUAAGUACACUCGAAUGACAGUCAACCAAUUUGAAAAGUUGCUGGAUAUUGUUAAACAUAGAUUAAUAAAAAUCAGUCCAAGAAAGCCAUUAAGUCCGGAGUUUCGGCUGGUUAUGACAUUGUAUUAUCUUGCCCAUGGACCGAGCAUGCAGGUAGUUGCAUGGAGCUUCUGUGUUUCCAAGUCCACAGUCAGCAACGUAAUACGAGAGACUUGUGCAGUUAUCUGGGAUGAAUUAUCCCCAAUUUACUUAAAACCACCAACUACUGAAGAAUGGGAAAUUAAAGCAACGGAGUUCUGGUAUCGCUGGAAUUUACCUAAUUGUUUUGGUGCGAUGGACGGGAAGCAUAUAACGAUUCAAGCUCCAAAAAAAUCGGGUUCUACCAAUUUACGUGGAACUAAUAUCGCGUUUCCGUAUUUUGUGGCUGCAGACGAAGCCUUUCCACUUAAGCACUAUAUAAUGCGGCCUUAUCCCGGAACAAAUUUAUCAGAAAAACAACAAAUUUUUAAUUACCGCCUAUCACGUGCUCGACGCGUUAUUGAAAAUACCUUUGGCAUUUUAGCCAGUCGGUGGCGAAUUCUACAUACUAUUGUAACAUAA